UCACAUCUCCAGCAGCCUCCUACCGGUCACCCAGGGCCGGGGAGGGGAGGCUCUCAGGGUAGGUGGAUGCUGCUGGCUGCAUCAGGGGGUCCCCGUUAUCGGGGCAUUGGCUGGGAGCAUUUGGAGGUUCAGGCCAGAUCCUCAGGGGGUGUAAAUCGCCGGUACUCAGCCAACUUGGAAGGAGGUGGUUUAUGCCAGCUGUCCCUCAGGCUGAAGGUCUGUUUCCCUUUAGAUCAUUAGCUAGUUCCUGGUGCUUUGAGCGAUGAGCUCUGCCCUGGGGUAUACUCUCUGGGGCUUCCAUCCCAGGGGACGUAUUAAGGUUUAAAUUCAGUCCAGCUGCAGGUCCCUAACUCAUUUUUUGUAUCUCUGUCUGUCUAGCUGGUUUGGAAGAUCCAGGAAUAGAACCCAGGAGUCCGGCUCCCCGGCCCCCUGACACUCUGCUGGGGGUGGGUUUUAUUCCCCUCUCGAGAUGGGGUGCGCUCUGUCGGGUUCCGGGAUCACCCCGGGGAAAACCGUCCCGGAGUCCAAGCGGCACUCGUUGGCGGAAAGCCAAAUGGCGUCGAAAGCGGGACUGGAGCAUGGCAGCGACAGGCCGGGGGCAGUUCCCUUUCCGCUGGCGGACACGCAGAAGGAACGGAUCCAGGAGUCCUGGCGGAUCCUACACGACAAUAUCGCCCGGGUCGGCAUCAUUGUCUUUAUCAGGUUAUUCGAGACCCACCCCGAGUGCAAAGACGUCUUCUUCCUCUUCCGGGACAUCGACGACCUGCAGCAGCUCAAGAUGAACAAGGAGCUGCGAGCCCAUGGCCUGAGGGUGAUGUCCUUCAUCGAGAAAAGCGUGGCCCGGCUAGACCAAGAGGACAAGUUGGAACAGCUGGCCUUUGAGCUUGGCAGGAGUCACUAUAGAUACAACGCCCCUCCCAAGUACUAUGAGUACGUGGGCAUCCAGUUCAUCAGCACGGUGCAGCCCAUCCUCAAGGAGCGCUGGACGCCGGAAGUGGAGGAGGCCUGGCAGAGUCUGUUCAAGUACCUGAUGGCCGCGAUGAAACAGGGGUACUAUGAGGAAGAGGAGAAAUCGGGCAGCAUCCAAUCCCUGGCCUUGAGGAAACCCGGGACUGGAUCCAUCCUGAACAGCAUAUAGGACCGAGAGCGGGCGGUGCAGCGGUUGGCUUGGCUUGCUGUGAUAUUCCCAUAGGAUCUCUCCUUCCCCGCUGUGCACAAGGAACUGCCCUUGCUUGUGACUUUCACUGGCUGUGAUUCCAACUGACCAGAGCGCAGAGGCUGGAUUUUUGCUGCUGGUCAGAGGCCCCAUCUGUGUAUCUGGGGUCCCCAUGGGGGUCGCUGCAGCAGGUAGAGGCAGUAAACUAUCGCUGAACCCCUGCUACUUUGGGCAUAGGCAGUUUUGGGUGAGCUUCCCGGAAGGGGAAAGAGGGUGAGAACAGGAGUGGGCUUUAGAAACCGGCGUGAGGGCCUUGAUUUCAAUAUAUGGACUGUUAUCCGCCCGGCCCAUCUAGCAGCAGCGGGGAAGGGGUUAAACAUCCCGCGAGUGUGCAGCGCGGCAGUGUUAAAGGUGACUCACGAAGGGAAAUGAAAUUGGGGUGUGGGCCCUCCCCUCGUUCUGCUUCUUUCCAAUGGAUCAAGACACCCAGAGAAAUUAAACUUGGUCCGCCCCAGCCUUCUUGCAAGCUGGUAACAGUCGGCUACCGCUGCCAGCUCUGGGAACGAGUCUGUUAGCUUGAGUGAUGGAGGCCCGUGCUAGGCAUAAGACCAGUGCGACGAGGCAGAGACAGCUGUACAAGGGGAGUACAAGGAAACAAUGAGACAAUCUGGUCAGGUUCAAACCCGGUUGAUGGCCCUGUGCUGGGUGCCGGUAUAAAACUGGCCUGGACCUCAGGGACAGGGGGCAAUAGAACAGAAGUAGACUUACCCUGUGGUUAAAGCACUGGUGGGGGAUACAGGAGAUCAAGGGUCACUCCCCACCUCCGCUACAGCUUCUCUGUGUGACCUUUGGCAAGUUACGACAUCUUUCUAGGCCUGGGUCCCCCUCAGUCUGUACAAUAACUGUGCCUUUGUCCGGUUAGACUGGAAGCUGUCUGGAGCAGGGGCAGUCUCCCAGGGGGCCCUGAUCUCAGUUGGCAGUGGCAAUAAGCAACUUUUUACAGGAGAAACGUUGACCUGACAACCUACCCUGCAGGACUCGAUGGAGAACAAGCCCUGGCGCUGGUCUAGGCACAAAAAUGGCACCAAUUUAACUAAACCCCCCGUCCCCAAAAUUCAAAGCCAACUUAGUUAAAUGAGUGCAAACGCACCUCAAUGAUUAUUUAUUAUUUAUAUUAUGGAAGCCCCUAGGAGCCCUAGCCAUGGACCAGGCCCCCACUGUGCCAGGCGCUGUACAUUUUUAUUGCUAUUGCAUGUAUUACGGUCGCGCCUUGGAGACCCAGUUAAUUGGGUUCCCUGGAGUAUUAUGGGCUUACCCUCCCUUUUUCGCCGUCAUCCCUCCAACUCUCUUACAAUGCCAUUAAAUAAAGCAGCAACUUCCGCAUUUGCGGGCAGACGUUUGAUUUCUGCCCCUGCUGUCUCAGAGCAACUCUUGUCAGUUUCUCACAGCAGCAUCCACGGCUGGUGCUAAUUCUGCUUUGGGCCAGGUUCUGCUCUUCUGCCAGCGAUCAUCCUUGAUUAACGCCACCCCCGCCACGUCUGUCCUGGCCUCUAGGCCACCGCCAAGCAAGCAAUAUUCAGCUGAUGCUUUUUGCUUGGCCUCGGCCACGUGGCCACGUCUCCCCUCAUCCUGCGAUGAAACCUGGAACUUUCUGCAGUUUCAGUGCCUUGUGCGCCCGCCUUCUCAACGUUUCCCUCCUGCUUUCUGAGCUGAUGACAAACUCCUGGAGGUUUGAUUGCUGGGAAAACGCCUUCUCUGCCCAAAUCUCAUUUGCAAGGCAAUAGCAGAUGGAAUGGUUGGUGCUAAUCCUUGUUUUCUGCAGGAAGCGCCUCGAUUUCCCCCUCAGGCGCUCUCCUUGCGGUUUGCCUCAUCCUGGUUUUGCAAGUUGCGAGGGAAAAUAUGUCCACUCAGGGGUCUGAAGGCUGGGAACGAGCUGCGUCACUUCACUGCAUCACAACAGUGUGUGCACGCUGGCCGAGUGGCUGGAAACUCCCUUGGAUUCUCGCCAAGGUCUUACAGGGAGGUUGCGGGGGAGCGGGAAAAUGGAUGCGGGAUUCCCAUAUCCUAGGGUCAUGCCUUAACCUAACCUCUAGGAGGUGCUGGAAGGAAGGCGGGGGGGGGGGAGAAGGGUAGAGCAUGGCUCCAGCCCAUAAUACGCUGGGCAACCUAGUUAACUCUAUCACGACCGCUUUGCUACAGUGUAAGCACAUUUAUACUGAAGUAGCUGGGUCCACGCUGGUCUGCUUGAAUUGGCUCGGGGUAGCUAAAGCAGGCCGCCUUUCUCUACAGACCAGGCCUGAGACACACGGAAGGGGGCACAGAUCCAGUCGUGUCUAUUCCUGGGCAGGUCGCCUUUCAACGCUCCCUCUGGUCUGCACAGGGCCUUUUUUUUUGCUGCUCUCUUGCGGACCUGGUUCUCCAUGGCACCCAAACAGCUGCUUUCUCAACAGCCAUCGCAGGGAUCACAAAGCAAGUUGAGGGUUGAAGCAUUCAGCGUGUCGGGACACUCCGUGCUGAGCUCCCAAAUCUUCCAAAAGGGGCUGCUGAUUUUGAAUGACUGGGUGCACAGCCCAGGACUCCUGGGUUCUAUUCCCAGCUCUGGGAGGGAGCGUGAUGCAGUGGUUAGAGCCGGGGGACUGGGUGUCAGGACUCCUGGGUUCUAGUCCCAGCUCUGGGAGGGAGCGUGAUGCAGUGGCUAGAGCCGGGGGACUGGGUGUCAGGACUCCUGGGUUCUAUUCCCAGCUCUGAGAGGGAGCGUGAUGCAGUGGUUAGAGCCGGGGGACUGGGUGUCAGGACUCCUGGGUUCUAUUCCCAGCUCUGGGAGGGAGCGUGAUGCAGUGGUUAGAGCCGGGGGACUGGGUGUCAGGACUCCUGGGUUCUAGUCCCAGCUCUGGGAGGGAGCGUGAUGCAGUGGCUAGAGCCGGGGGACUGGGUGUCAGGACUCCUGGGUUCUAUUCCCAGUUCUGGGAGGGAGCGUGAUGCAGUGGCUAGAGCCGGGGGACUGGGUGUCAGGACUCCUGGGUUCUAUUCCCAGCUCUGAGAGGGAGCGUGAUGCAGUGGUUAGAGCCGGGGGACUGGGUGUCAGGACUCCUGGGUUCUAUUCCCAGCUCUGGGAGGGAGUGUGAUGCAGUGGUUAGAGCCGGGGGACUGGGUGUCAGGACUCCUGGGUUCUAUUCCCAUU